AUGCCAAUUCUCUCAAAGGUCGUCGCCUUUCGUACUCCCGCGAACCGCGUUGCUGCCAUCAAGGCGGCCAGAGUAAUUCGCUCAAUCAAGAGCCGAUAUCGAACUCAGGCCUUCCUCUUCCUGGCGUACCACUUCUUUCUCACGUCGCCUAUGCACCUCGACAUCUUCAUCAUUCAAAGCCUCUCGCCAGGCGGGGCCAUUCAAAAUCCUACCCUCACACUGCCUGCGACCUGCGAACCGCCAUCUGAAAGCAACCCUCCAAGGCGGGCAGUAUGGAUUGUAUUUGGAGCGACCGGCCACAUAGGGCGAUCUCUGGUUCGAGCGAUUCUAGCACACGGCGAUCAAUGCACUGCAGUUGGAUGGUCCCAAGAGAAUACACUGGAGCAGAUGGACAAGUGGCAGAAUAAGAAUUGUUUGGGCUUGCUUUGUGACGUCCGAGUGCGCAACACGGUGAAUUGGGUGAUCAAAAAGAGCAUCGACUAUUGGGGGCGCGUGGACGUGAUAGCGAACAGCACCGGUUAUGGCGUCAUUGCAGCUUGCGAAGACCAGGACGACUACGACCUGCGCAAUCAAUUCACCACCAACUUCCUCGGCACUCUGCAUAUCAUCCAGCUGUCACUUCCCUAUUUUCGCGCUCAAAAUUCUGGUCGCUACCUCAUAUUUUCCUCUACGGCUGGAUCUCUCGGCGUGCCCGGACUUGGCCCGUAUUGCGCGACAAAGUAUGCUGUUGAGGGUCUCAUUGAGUCCAUGCUGUACGAAGUGGACAUUUUCAACAUCAAAGCAACGCUAGUUGAACCAGGCCAUGUUCGGCUGGACGAGCCAGACGACAAUGUAAUGGCCCCCAGCUAUACCUCUGCUCCUGCCUCCGGAGCAGGCCCGCCCAAACCGAAGCGGUACGGUCACUUCUCCGUAAAACCAAAUCCAAGCGAGCCAUAUUCCAAUUUGACUAGUCCUGCACAACACGCGCGGCGGAUGGUACAGUGGCUGAAUGACCGGCAGCCGGUGAGUGCCGUGAAAAGCGCUGAGCUUAUGUGGCAACUGGGUCAUUGUAGCUACCCUCCACUGCGCCUGGUCCUGGGUAGCUAUGCUGUCGAAAGUAUCCGGGACCGUAUGAAGAGUAUUACCGAAGAGAUUGAGGAUUGGAAACACCUUUCGUUCCCAGUCUCUAUGCCUCCAGAGGAUGAGGAGAGAAAGGAUGAUGUCAAAGAGGAACAAGACCAGGAUGAAGAACAAGAUCAGGAAUGA